CAUCCACCCGCCUCCCAGGUUUGCGCCUUGCUGAGGUCUUCUGCAGGUUUUAUGAUUGCAGGCAUUUAACAGGCCAGUUCCUCUCAUCCUAACAAAGCAGCAGUGAUACCCUGAAGAGUGGACAUCUCUGGCAGCGCUACUAGGGUGGGAUUUCUUUGAUUCGACCACAUUUUGUUGUUCAUUCUGUGACAUGAGGGCAUAAAUGCAAAAAAUGAGCGAGGAAAGCAAGAGUGCAAGCAUUUCAGGAAGUCUGGCUCUGGAUGGCUCUGGGGAAGGACUCUCCAUCAGCGGGAAUGCAGAUAACGCUAUUGCUGCCAAAGGUGACCUAAAAGCAGAGGACGAUAUUGUCGGAGCUACGAUAAAUCUAAGCAACCUUGACGAAAGUGAUGUGCGCAACAUCCUGGAGACCCUAAAGCCAUAUGAACACAAUAUGAAGGUUCUGACAAAAAAGGACCUGAGUGCUGGUGUUGGGCUUGACUCGUUUGGACUGGGUCUCAAAAACUCUACAGAGAGGCUAUUUAAGUCAGAUCUUUCACUGGAUUCAUCAGCUGACCUCCCAGCAGUUUCUUUCAACGGCCUCAGUGGAGGGCUAAAUGCUGAGCAUGGAGUGGAUGGUAAAAUAACUGGCCCCAGGCUCAACGCAGACCUCCCCAAACUCAGUCUUAACAAGCCAUCGGUCGAUGCUGGUGCUGCAGUCACAAUGCCGUCUAUAGGACUACCAGGAUCAGAUGUAGACGGCUCACUUAAGAUGCCUGAUGUCAGUGUGUCGGCUCCAAAGGUCAAGAUACCAAAUGCAUCCCUGAAAGUUGAUAAACCAGAUUUGAAAUCAGGAGAAUACCAGGCCCCAAAGUUCAAAUUACCAACAGUUGAACCAUCAAAAGCAGAAAUGGAUGUUUCUGGUGACUUGGAUCUUCCAUCUGUAAGGGGAAAGGUAGAUGCACCAAAUCUCAACUUAUCAACUCCAAAGUCAAGUUUUAGUGGAGGGCUAAAUGCUGAGCAUGGAGUGGAUGGUAAAAUAACUGGCCCCACUCUCAAUGCAGACCUCCCCAAACUUAGCCUUAACAAGCCAUCGGUCGAUGCUGGUGCUGCAGUCACAAUGCCGUCUAUAGGACUACCAGGAUCAGAAAUAGACGGCUCGCUUAAAACACCUGAUGUCAGUGUGUCGGCUCCAAAAGUCAAGAUACCAAAUGCUUCCUUGAAAGUUAAUAAAUCAGGUGAAUACCAGGCCCCAAAGUUCAAAAUGCCAAACUUCAAACUGCCAAAAAUUGAACCACCAAAAGCAGAAAUGGAUGUCUCUGGUGACUUGGAUCUUCCAUCCGUAAGUGGAAAGGUAGAUGCACCAAAUCUCAACUUAUCUACUCCAAAGUCACAUUUUAAUAUGCCAAAUGUGGAAAUCAAUGAGCCAAAAGUAAAUUUGAAUGACCCUGAUCUAAAAUUUGAAGCCCCCAAUGCUGAUAUUGAGGCACCAUCAGGCAUAUUCAAAUGGCCACAUUUAAAAUGGAAAAGUCCCAAUGUCAAAGGACCAGAUACUGACCUAAAUGCUGAGAUCUCAGUACCUGAUGCCAGUGUGCCAAUGGCAAAGGUUGAUGGGGAUUUAGAUGUUGAUAUUGACUUUCCCAAAGGAGACAUUAAAGGCCCUGAGGUAGAUAUUGAUUCCCCAUCUGGUAAAAUCAACUGGCCCCACUUGAAGUGGAAGAAACCGAAAUUCCAUGGCUCAAAGGAUGGUUUGGAUAUAGAUGCAAAUAUUGAUCCUGCAGAUGUUAACCUUUCUCUUCAAAAGGUGAAGGGGGACCUUGAUCCCCCUGAUGUUGAUAUAAAGCUGCCAAAGGCGGAUAUUAAAGGCACAGACCUUGAUUUGCAAACCCCAGACCUUGAUGUAGAAUCUUCAUCUGGUAAAAUCAACUGGCCUCAUUUGAAAUGGAAGAAACCUAAAGUUCAUGGAUUGGCAGUAGAUGGAGAUCUAAAUGGACUGGAUGCAAAUCUUGAGUCUCCAAAAAUUGAGGGUGAUAUUAAUGUUCCCAAGGCUGAACUGAAUCUCGCCAAAGCUGACCUCACAGCUCCAGAUGUUGAUGAUCCCUCAGGAAAAAUCAACUGGCCUCAUCUGAAAUGGAAAAAACCUAAAGUUCAUGGCCCAAAAGCUGAAGUGGACGGAGAUUGGAAUACACCAGAUCUUGAUCUCUCAGCUCCAAAGAUCGAUGGUAAAAUUACCUCACCAGAUGUUGAUCUGAAUUUACCCAAAGCUGAUGUUGACAUUAAAAAACCAGAAUUGGAUAUUGAUCCUCCAUCUGGAAAGUUCAAAGUGCCCACUUUGAAAAAACCAAAGUGGGCGCUCUCUCAACCAAAGGUAAAAGGUCCUGAUGUUGAUUUAGAUGCUGAACUCUCUGGACCUGAUCUUGAACUCUCAGCUCCAAAGAUAGAUGGUAAAAUUAACUCACCAGACGUUGAUCUGAAUUUACCUAAAGCUGAUGUUGACAUCAAGAAACCAGAAUUGGAUAUUGAUCCUCCAUCUGGAAAGAUCAAAGUGCCCACUUUGAAAAAACCAAAGUGGGCACUCUCUCAACCAAAGGUAAAAGGUCCUGAUGUUGAUUUAGAUGCUAAUCUAUCCAGUCCUGAUCUUGAACUCUCAGCUCCAAAGAUCGAUGGUAAAUUAACUCACCAGACGUUGAUCUGAAUUUACCUAAAGCUGAUGUUGACAUUAAGAAACCAGAAUUGGAUAUUAUC